AUGAUGAUGAUUGGGGCAAACCCCCAACCCCUCUUGCACCUUUCGCUUCUUCUUUUGGUGCUCUUUUCUUUCUCAACCGAAUCCCUUCGUUUCGAACUCCAAUCUGGUCACACCAAAUGCAUCUCCGAAGACAUCAAGAGCAAUUCCAUGACCGUGGGCAAGUACCUCAUCGUCAAUCCCAACGAGGGUCAACCUCUGCCAGAUUCCCACAGAGUCACUGUUCGGGUGACUUCAUCGUACGGGAACAACUAUCACUACGGGGAUCGCGUUCAGAAGGGGCAGUUUGCGUUCGUUGCAGCGGAGGCCGGAGAUUACAUGACUUGUUUUUGGGCUGUGGAUCACAAUCCCGUGACAACGAUGACUGUGGAUUUUGAGUGGAAAACGGGUGUGGCAGCCAAAGAUUGGUCUAGUGUUGCUAAAAAGGGCCAAGUUGAUGUAAUGGAGCUAGAACUAAAGAAGUUGCACGAUACCGUUGCUUCCAUUCAUGAGGAGAUGUUUUAUCUUCGUGAAAGAGAAGAAGAAAUGCAGGAACUGAACAGAGCAACCAACAGCAGAAUGUUCUGGUUGAGUUUGCUUUCGCUCUUGGUCUGCUUAUCAGUAGCAGGGUUGCAACUAUGGCACUUGAAGACCUUCUUCGAGAAAAAGAAACUCAUUUGA